AUGUUGUUCUACAGGAUCUCCUACCAGGACACCAACUCUAUUCCAGCUGAAGAGCGCCUGUCCAUCUGUCUGUGGUUUCUUGCCACUGGGGACUCCUACAGGACCAUUGCGGGGAGCUUCAGAGCGGGCAUAUCCACCGUCUCCAUGCUCAUCCCAGAUGUGGUGGCAGCCAUCUGGGACUGCCUCGUGGAGGAGUUCAUGGCUGUGCCUGGAGCAGAGGAGUGGAGGGGCGUGGCCACACCACUAAAGAGCAAGUUCAAGGACGGAGCGGUGGAAUCCGUUUUCUAA